AUGCUCCAUCAAGCAAAUAUUAAUAUAAAAGGAGCCUACUAUCUUUCAUCUGAUGAGUAUAAGAGGAUUGUCUCAACCAUCCAGGUUCUCCCUGAGGAGAAUGAGGGGGCCUCGAAUGUAGUUUAUCAGACGGAGGCAGAGAAAGAUGCUGCAGAAAGGAGAAGGCUCCAAUUGGAGUGGGACAAGCUCUUGAAGAUGGAGAAAGACAAAGAAAUCUCAGAGCUCGACAAGAGGGAGAAAGAGAAUGUGAAAGCUGCAAAAGAAAAGAAGUGCCAAUUGGAGCAUGCCAAGGACUUGAGGAUGGAAGACGAGCAAGAAAUUCAAGAGUUAAACAGGCAGAUUCUGAGUGUUAUGUAUUUCCCCAUUCAAAAAGCCCAGCUCAGGGACAAUGAACAGCAAAAGGAAAAGUUGUUAAAGGAUGAAAAAGAUCUGAAUGCCAUGGUUUAUGCUGAGCAUCGAAAGAUCUGUAAGAGAUUGGAUGAAAGAGAUGAAAUGCACCGACAGAAUGCUAUCAAAGCAAGGCAAGAAAUUCAAAACCAAAUCCAGCAAAAUCUGGAGAAGAAGAAACUGAAAGACGAAAUGAAAAAGCUGGAGGCACAAAAGGUCAGACAUAUUCAAUAUUUAAUGUCACAGGAAGACCUCAUUGACCUGCAGAAGAAGAGGGAGAAGGCACAACACUUUUAUAACACAAGCUUGCAAGCUUACGCUAAAACAAAAGCGGCCCAGGAGCAGAACAAAGUGGAGGACAUGCUGGCUGAAAAGAAAAUAGUGGAGAAUACUCUAAAAGAACUAGAGAGGAAGUCUAAGUAUGAAGAAGAGCAGAGCCAAAUAAAGAAGGAGAAAAUGUUACAAUUGGCAAAGCAGUGGGCCCAGCAAAGAAAAGAUGUAGAUGAAUUGGCAGCGAAGCAGUUGCUCUAUGCACAGAGCCACCAAAAUGCUAAAGCGAUAGAAUGGAGAAGAAAAGAGAAAGAGCUGUCUGAAAAGAAAGCAAAGGUAGAAGCAGAGCUGAGAGAGGCUCACUCUGAACAGAUUAGAUGCAUUGAGCAUGCCUGUGAACUUGAGGUUGUCCGGCAGAAAGAGGAAUUUGAGGCGUGUCUGGAAAAGCAAAUGAAAGGAAUCAAAGCAGAGCAAGAGAAGGAGAAGAAGCAGCAAGAGAAAAGGCUGCUUAAUUUAGAAGUCCUCAAGGAACAGGUGAGGGAGCAUGAGCUCUUAGCUGAAGCCAAGCGCAGGCAGGAAAUAGAGUACACCAAUUUGAUGAGGGAAGAAGCGCAGCAGAGAUCUAUGUGCAUUAAUAAGUACAAAGAGAUGAAGCUGAGGGGAAUUAGAGCUGCAGGGCUCCCUGAUAAAUACGUGGUUGAUUUAGCAAGAAAAGCAGGGAUCUCAGUAGAGAAGUGUCUGGAAUGUCAUGAAGGGACCAACAAGUACAAGCCACAGCCAGCCUACUUCCCACUCACUGUCAGAGCAGCCAACAAACAGUUACAAGAUGCAUUGCAAUCAACUGGAGGAGGAUCUUGA